AUGGACGCGCUGAGCCGGGCAGGGCCCCGGGCCCGCCGCGCCGCCGCCGCCCCCGGGCCGGGCCCGUCCCCGCUGCCCUGGGGCCGCUUCGCCGCCUGGAUCGACUGCGUGUGUGUGGUCACCUUCGACCUGGAGCUCGGGCAGGCCAUGGAGCUGGUGUAUCCUCAUGACUUCAGGCUGACAGAGAAAGAGAAAACGAGUAUCUGCUACUUGUCCUUCCCAGACUCCUACUCAGGUGGCCUUGGGGACACCCAGUUCAGCUUCCGCCUGCGGCAGUCGGGGGGCCCCAGGACCUCCCCGUUCCAGGACGACGGUCGGUACAACCGGGAGGCCCCCCUGACGCUGCAGGUCGGUCCUGCCCCCCCAGCUCCCUCAGCUGCCCCUCGUGCAGUGUAAGUCCGUGCAGUGCUGAAGGGGUGGUGCCAGGGCUGUUUGACUCCCAGCUGUGCCCUUUUGCAGUCCCUGGUGCUCGUGUCCCGCCUGCCCUACGUGAACCUGUUCCAGUCCCUGCUCCAGCUCAUUGCCCCAGAGUACUUCGACAAGCUGGAGCCGUGCCUGGAGGCAGUGUGCAACGAGAUCGACCAGUGGCCUCCUCCUGUGCCAGGCCAGACCCUGAACCUGCCCGUGAUGGGAGUUGUCAUCCAGGUGAGGAUCCCAUCCAGGGUGGAUAAACCAGGAUCAAGCCCAGUGAAGCAGUUCAAUCAAGAGAAUCUGUUACCAGCCCCACUGGUUCUCCCCAGUGUCCAUGAGCUGGACCUGUUCAGGUGAGAGCCACCAUUUCAACCCUCUCCCCUCCACCUGAAUCCCCUCUUCCUGCUCAGAGUCUCAGGGGUCCCGGGACUGUGUUGCUGUGGCAGCACAAAGCCCUGCCCCAGCCCCAGGCUCAGUGCCCUGUGUUGCAGUGUCCUGGCCCCGCUCCGGUACUGCUGCGAUUUCCGGCCCUACUUCACCAUCCACGACAGCGAGUUCAAGGAGUACACGACCCGCACUCAGGCCCCGCCGAACAUCGUGGUGGGCGUCACAAACCCUUUCUUUAUCAAAACCCUCCAGCACUGGCCGCACAUCCUGCGGGUGGGGGAGCUCAGGAUGUCAGGCGACCUGCCCAAGCAGGUGAAGGUGAAGAAACUGGCCAAGCUCAAAACCCUGGACACAAAACCAGGAAUCUACACUUCUUAUAAAACAUUCCUUCACAAAGACAAAUCCCUGAUAAAAAGAUUGCUAAAGGGGAUCCAGAGGAAACGUCCCUCCGAGGUGCAGAGUGCCCUGCUGAGGCGUCACCUCCUGGAGCUCACCCAGAGCUUCAUCAUCCCCCUGGAGCACUAUAUUGCCAGCCUGAUGCCUCUGCAGAGAGCCAUCACUCCCUGGAAGAACCCUCCCCAGAUCCGUCCUUUCUGUCAGGAGGAUUUCAUGAAGACCCUGGAACACGCUGGGCCCCAGCUCACCUGUGUGCUCAAGGGGGACUGGUUAGGCCUCUACAGGCGUUUCUUCAAGUCCCCGAACUUCGACGGCUGGUUCCGGCAGCGGCACCGGGAGAUGACCCACAAGCUGGAGGCCCUGCACCUGGAGGCCAUCUGUGAGGCGGACAUCGUGGCCUGGAUGAAGGACAAGUCUGAGGUGGAGAUCGUGGACCUGGUGCUCAAACUCCGGGAGAAGCUGGUGCGGGCCCGGUGCCAGCACGUGCCGGUGAGGGAGGAGACGCUGCAGCGCGUGGGGCUCUACAUCGACACCAUCAUCGGCUCCCUGCCCGAGGACCUGCAGGCCGUGCUGCACCACCCCUGAGCACAACCAGGGACCCUCCCACCCCACUCCCACCCCGCUCCCACCCGGCUCUGGGCAGCUGCAGUUGUGUUUGGAGAGGAGAUUCCCUCCCGGAUCCCGCCGGCGGGGCCCGGAUCUCCCCUGGGGGGGACUCGGAGCUGGGUCGGAGCCGUGGCUGCCCUGGGGAGCCUGUGCACUGCUCCCUGUCUGAUCCCGCUCCGAGGGGCUGGGCUGGAGCUGUCCACCAGGAAUUGUUCCCCGUGUGGCUGCCAGCAGGGCAGGAAGUGCCACCAGGCCUCCAGCAGCACGUGCCAGGCUGUGCCCGGCCUGCGGUGCCCGCUCAGACACACCAUCCUUGUCCAGCGCAUUCCCAUGGCCUCAUCCUGCCUGGAAGGAGCAGGAGCAGCCCUAGUCGGGGCUCAGGACAGCUCCUGAUGAUGCAGAUGAGGUGAAGAAGCUGCCCCUGCCCUGAGCAGCCCUGGCUCAGCCCAGUGCGAGCUCCAGCUGCAGGGGGAGCGGGAGGAGGAAUUCUGGACGUGGAAAGCUGCUGGAUUCUCUCCAGGGCAGAGCCAGAGAAGGAGGGGCUGGUGCAUCCCCAAGGAUCAAAGCUCUCCAGAGUGCCUGGGGUGGCUGCUGGGAGGAGCUGGCUCCAACUGCCAUUCACUCUGCUUGGAGAGUCAGGUCCGUGACUGGGGCUGUGCCCGGGGCACUGGGAGGGCUGAGCUCAGCCCACUUCCCGAGAAAACCUGUUGGAAAAUCUGAUUCCUACAGCCCAUGCCAAGAGGAAUGCACAGGAUUGGGCCCUGCUCCUCUGCUCCUGCCUUCAGAGGCAGCUCCCCCUGCCUGGAAUCCCCUUCCUGCCCUGGGAAUGGAUCCUCUGUGAGCCCAAGGCCUUUGCUGCUCCAUGUCUGUAUUUCCCCGUCCGGGUGUCUGGCCAGGGCUGAAAUUUUUGCCUAAAAAAAGGGGUUAGGAGGGAUCUGGCAGCCUUGUCCUGUCAGAAGCCUGCUGUGGUUGAACCGGGCACCUUUGCAGGUGGCAGGAUGGAUCCUGCCCAGAGCCGUGGCAUUCCCAGUGCUCCCAGUGGAACCUGCACCGUUUCCAUCGCUCUGCCCCUUCUCGGGGCUGGGGAGGUGUGGGGGGCUCAGAGGUGGCUGAACUCCUGCAUUCCCCCUCUGGAGCCAGGCACGGAGCAGCAGGAGCCCCCUGGGCCUCCCAGUGCCUCUGCCCUCCCUGGAGCCUGGAAUUCUGUACAGUAUCCUUAGGGACGGUGUAUAUUCUGUACAUAGUCCGUGUGUGUCCGUGCACAGCUCUGGGGGCCCUGCUGGCCCCAAACACUCUGUAAAGUAGAAAAUAUUAGUUUAAAAAAAACCAAACCUGAA